AGGUGCCCAGCCCUGGGCGGUGGAGGAGGGCGGCGGCGCGCACGGAGAUGUCACUCAACCCAUGGAACCGCGAACGCAGCGCGGCUGGGGGCGGGUGACGCAGGCUGGGGUUUGCUGCGGUGGCCCCCGAGCGGCUUGUGACCUGGGGGUCCAGAGGAGUUAAGCUGGACAGGCCCGGGUGAUUGCCCUGCUCACUGGGGCUCCCACUACUGCAAGGAGUGACCAACGAAGGCCACCGAGAUGGCCGGGGCUUCGGUGAAGGUGGCGGUGCGGGUCCGCCCCUUCAAUUCCCGGGAAAUGAGCCGAGACUCCAAGUGCAUCAUUCAGAUGUCUGGAAGCACGACCACCAUCGUUAACCCCAAACAGCCCAAGGAGACUCCCAAAAGCUUCAGCUUCGACUACUCCUACUGGUCGCACACCUCGCCCGAGGACAUCAACUACGCCUCGCAGAAGCAGGUGUACCGGGACAUUGGCGAGGAGAUGCUGCAGCAUGCCUUUGAGGGGUACAACGUGUGCAUCUUCGCCUACGGGCAGACGGGCGCCGGCAAGUCCUACACCAUGAUGGGCAAGCAGGAGAAGGACCAGCAGGGCAUCAUCCCGCAGCUCUGCGAGGACCUCUUCUCUCGGAUCAACGACACCAGCAAUGACAACAUGUCCUACUCCGUGGAGGUCAGCUACAUGGAGAUUUACUGUGAGCGUGUCCGUGAUCUCCUGAACCCCAAGAACAAGGGCAACCUUCGAGUGAGGGAGCACCCGCUGCUGGGGCCCUACGUGGAGGACCUCUCCAAGCUGGCUGUCACCUCCUACAAUGACAUCCAGGACCUCAUGGACUCAGGGAACAAGGCCAGGACUGUGGCGGCCACCAACAUGAAUGAGACCAGCAGCCGUUCCCACGCUGUCUUCAACAUCAUCUUCACCCAGAAGCGCCAUGAUGCAGAGACCAACAUCACCACAGAGAAAGUGAGCAAAAUCAGCCUGGUGGACUUGGCCGGGAGUGAGCGGGCCGACUCCACGGGAGCCAAGGGCACGCGCCUCAAGGAGGGGGCCAACAUCAACAAGUCGCUCACCACCCUAGGCAAGGUCAUCUCCGCCCUGGCUGAAAUGGACUCAGGACCCAACAAGAACAAGAAAAAGAAGAAGACAGAUUUCAUUCCUUACCGAGACUCCGUGCUGACCUGGCUCCUCAGGGAAAACCUGGGUGGUAACUCAAGGACAGCUAUGGUGGCAGCCCUGAGCCCUGCAGACAUCAACUACGACGAGACCCUCAGCACUCUGAGGUAUGCUGACCGGGCCAAGCAGAUCCGCUGCAAUGCUGUCAUCAACGAGGACCCCAACAACAAGCUGAUCCGCGAGCUGAAGGACGAGGUGACCCGGCUGCGUGACCUGCUGUACGCCCAGGGUCUCGGCGACAUCACCGACACCAACACUGUGCCUGGAGGACCCAAAUACAUGUCCGACCUUGAGAACAAUAACCUUAACCGUGGUGGGACGGUGAAUCCAGCCCCUGACCCUCUCUCCACAGUGACCAAUGCCUUGGUGGGCAUGAGCCCCUCGUCCUCACUCUCGGCCCUGUCCAGCCGUGCAGCCUCCGUGUCCAGCCUCCACGAGCGCAUCUUGUUUGCCCCGGGCAGCGAGGAGGCCAUCGAGAGGCUGAAGGAAACAGAGAAGAUCAUAGCCGAGCUCAAUGAGACCUGGGAGGAGAAGCUGCGGCGGACGGAAGCCAUCCGGAUGGAGAGGGAAGCCCUGCUGGCCGAGAUGGGCGUGGCCAUGAGGGAGGAUGGCGGCACCUUGGGCGUCUUCUCUCCCAAAAAGACCCCGCACCUCGUCAACCUGAACGAGGACCCGCUGAUGUCCGAGUGCCUGCUAUACUACAUCAAGGACGGGAUCACCAGGGUGGGCAGGGAGGAUGGCGAGAGGCGGCAGGACAUUGUUCUGAGUGGCCACUUCAUCAAGGAGGAGCACUGUGUCUUCCGGAGCGACUCCAGGGGAGGCAGUGAAGCCGUGGUGACCUUGGAGCCCUGUGAGGGGGCAGACACCUACGUCAACGGCAAGAAAGUCACAGAACCGAGCAUCCUGCGAUCAGGGAACCGCAUCAUCAUGGGCAAGAGCCACGUGUUCCGGUUCAACCACCCUGAGCAGGCCCGGCAGGAGCGAGAGCGCACGCCCUGCGCAGAGACGCCUGCCGAGCCUGUGGACUGGGCUUUUGCCCAGCGUGAGCUGCUGGAGAAGCAGGGCAUCGACAUGAAGCAGGAGAUGGAGCAGAGGCUCCAGGAACUGGAGGACCAGUACCGCCGUGAGCGGGAGGAGGCCACCUACCUGCUGGAGCAGCAGCGGCUGGACUAUGAGAGCAAGCUGGAGGCCCUGCAGAAGCAGAUGGACUCCAGGUACUACCCGGAGGUGAAUGACGAGGAAGAGGAGCCUGAGGAUGAAGUCCAGUGGACGGAGCGGGAGUGUGAGCUGGCGCUCUGGGCCUUCCGGAAGUGGAAGUGGUACCAGUUCACAUCACUGAGGGACCUGCUGUGGGGCAACGCCAUCUUCCUCAAGGAGGCCAACGCCAUCAGCGUGGAGCUGAAGAAGAAGGUUCAAUUCCAGUUUGUCCUCCUCACGGACACACUCUACUCCCCUCUGCCACCUGACCUGCUGCCCCCAGAGGCCGCCAAAGACCGAGAGACGAGGCCCUUCCCCCGCACCAUCGUGGCCGUGGAGGUCCAGGACCAGAAGAACGGGGCCACUCACUACUGGACGCUGGAGAAGCUCAGGCAGCGCCUGGAACUGAUGCGGGAGAUGUAUGACCGCGCUGCCGAGGUGCCCUCCAGCGUCAUCGAGGACUGUGACAACGUGGUGACCGGCGGAGACCCCUUCUACGACCGCUUCCCCUGGUUCCGGCUGGUGGGCAGUUCAGCCAUCUCUGGCUGCAACAGCUACCCUCUUCUCAACACAUGCAUGAGCGAGCGCAUGGCUGCUCUCACCCCCUCCCCCACCUUCUCGAGCCCCGACUCCGACGCCACCGAGCCUGCCGAGGAGCAGAGCGUGGGGGAGGAGGAGGAGGAGGAGGAGGAGGAGGAGGAGGAGGAGGACCUGGAGGACGACGUCUUUCCGGAGCACGCGCUGUGCGACGGCCGGGACCCGUUUUACGACCGGCCCCCUCUGUUCAGUUUAGUAGGAAGGGCCUUCGUGUACCUGAGCAACCUGCUGUACCCCGUGCCCCUGGUGCACCGCGUGGCUAUCGUCAGUGAGAAGGGCGAGGUGAAGGGCUUCCUCCGUGUGGCCGUCCAGGCCAUCUCAGCGGAUGAAGAGGCCCCUGACUACGGCUCCGGCGUCCGCCAGUCGGGAACUGCUAAAAUUUCUUUUGACGACCAGCAUUUUGAAAAGUUCCAGUCCGAGUCUUGCCCCGUGGUGGGGAUGUCCCGCUCUGGAACCUCCCAGGAGGAGCUUCGCAUUGUGGAGGGCCAGGGCCAGGGGGCAGACUCGGGGCCCUCAGCCGACGAAGUCAACAACAACACCUGUUCAGCGGUGCCCCCAGAAGGCCUCCUCCUAGACAGCUCCGAGAAGACUGCCCUGGACGGGCCCCUGGAUGCCGCCCUGGACCACCUCCGCCUGGGCAGCACCUUCACCUUCCGAGUGACCGUCCUGCAGGCGUCCAGCAUCUCUGCCGAAUAUGCUGACAUCUUCUGCCAGUUCAACUUCAUCCACCGCCACGACGAGGCCUUCUCCACGGAGCCCCUGAAGAACACAGGCAGAGGCCCCCCACUUGGCUUCUACCACGUGCAGAACAUCGCAGUGGAGGUGACCAAGUCCUUCAUUGAGUACAUCAAAAGCCAGCCCAUUGUGUUCGAGGUCUUCGGCCACCACCAGCAGCACCCGUUCCCGCCCCUCUGCAAGGACGUGCUCAGCCCCCUGAGGCCCUCACGCCGCCACUUCCCACGGGUCAUGCCACUGUCCAAGCCAGUGCCUGCCACCAAGCUCAGCACGCUGACGCGGCCCUGCCCAGGGCCCUGCCGCUGCAAGUACGACCUGCUGGUCUACUUCGAGAUCUGUGAGCUGGAGGCCAAUGGCGAUUACAUCCCAGCCGUGGUGGACCACCGUGGGGGCAUGCCGUGCAUGGGGACCUUCCUCCUUCACCAGGGCAUCCAGCGACGGAUAACAGUGACACUACUGCAUGAGACGGGCAGCCACAUCCGCUGGAAGGAAGUGCGCGAGCUGGUUGUGGGCCGCAUACGAAACACUCCGGAGACUGACGAGUCCCUGAUUGACCCCAACAUUCUGUCUCUCAACAUCCUCUCUUCCGGAUACAUCCACCCGGCCCAAGAUGACCGGCAGUUUCUUGAUUCGGACAUACCUAGCGUUUCAUUGGGAAAUGACACUAGGACCUUUUACCAGUUUGAGGCUGCGUGGGACAGCUCCAUGCACAACUCUCUCCUGCUGAACCGGGUCACUCCUUAUCGAGAGAAAAUCUACAUGACACUCUCUGCUUACAUUGAGAUGGAGAACUGCACGCAGCCAGCCGUCAUCACCAAGGACUUCUGCAUGGUCUUCUAUUCCCGCGAUGCCAAGCUGCCCGCCUCGCGCUCCAUCCGGAACCUGUUUGGCAGUGGGAGUCUUCGGGCCUCGGAGAGUAACCGUGUGACCGGCGUGUAUGAGCUCAGCCUGUGCCACGUGGCUGAUGCAGGCAGCCCAGGAAUGCAGCGCCGGCGCCGGCGAGUCCUGGACACGUCCGUGGCCUACGUCCGGGGCGAGGAGAACCUGGCAGGCUGGAGGCCCCGGAGUGACAGUCUCAUCCUGGACCACCAGUGGGAACUGGAGAAACUGAGCCUCCUGCAGGAGGUGGAGAAAACUCGGCAUUACCUGCUCCUGCGGGAGAAGCUGGAGACUGCCCAGCGGCCUGUCCCAGAGGUGCUGUCCCCGGCCUCCAGCGAGGACUCCGAGUCCCAUGGCUCCUCCAGCGCCUCUUCCCCGAUCUCAGCUGAGGGCCGCCCCUCGCCCCUGGAGGCUCCCAACGAGAGGCAGCGGGAGCUGGCCGUCAAGUGCUUGCGCCUGCUCACGCACACGUUCAACAGAGAGUACACACACAGCCACGUCUGCGUCAGCGCCAGCGAGAGCAAGCUCUCCGAGAUGUCUGUCACCCUGCUGCGGGACCCGCCGAUGUCCCCUCUAGGGCCAGCCACUCUCACGCCCUCCUCCACUUGCCCUUCUCUGGUUGAAGGGCGCUACGGUGCCACUGACCUGAGGACCCCACAGCCCUGCUCCCGGCCGGCCAGUCCAGAGCCCGAGCUGCUGCCAGAGGCCGACUCCAAGAAGCUCCCUUCCCCUGCCCAGGCAACAGAGACAGACAAGGAGCCCCCGCGCCUGCUGGUCCCUGACAUCCAGGAGAUCCGAGUCAGCCCCAUCGUCUCCAAGAAGGGGUACCUCCACUUCCUGGAGCCACACACAUCGGGCUGGGCCAGGCGCUUCGUGGUGGUGCGGCGCCCCUACGCCUACAUGUACAACAGCGACAAGGACACCGUGGAGCGGUUUGUGCUCAACCUGGCCACCGCCCAGGUGGAGUACAGCGAGGACCAGCAGGCCAUGCUCAAGACACCCAACACAUUUGCGGUGUGCACGGAGCACCGCGGCAUCCUGCUGCAGGCCGCCAGCGACAAGGACAUGCACGACUGGCUCUACGCCUUCAACCCCCUCCUGGCCGGGACCAUACGGUCCAAGCUCUCCAGAAGGAGGUCUGCCCAGAUGCGGGUCUGAGCCCUCCCGUGACAGCCGGCAGGCUCAGCCUGUCCCUACCCUCGUCCCUGUCUGUCCUGUUACCUGCUGCCCUGCCCCUCCCCUGCCAGACCGCCCACGACCGGGUCGACCCCCAGGGGACGCCCAUGCCAGGCCCUGGACCUGUGCCACGCGACCUGCUGUGCUCCCAGCAGAGGCUGCGAGUGCCAUAUCUUCUUGUAGUACAUGCUCUGGGUGGAACACGCUGGGAGAGGCUGGGGGGCCAAGGGCACAGGUCACGGGGGUUCUUGCUGCCGUUCUAAUAUUUUUUUAAGCAUAGACAGACUUAUAAUUAAUAUACGUUAGUUAGUGACGUUGAAACAGUCCACUUGGAAAUUAACCAUAAGACUUGUUGUAUUUAUAAGUAUUUAUUUCUAACGCCUCCACAUAGCCCUAUACUAUUCAGAUGGAACCCCCGACCACCUCCAACCCGUUUGUUCCCGUGUGUCUUCCAAGCCUGCUAGGGACAGGAGGGCAGGGCAGGGGCAGCCACCUCAGAGGGCCUUGGUGAGAAAGUGUCUGGACCAGUGGGGCACCUCUGGGCUAGCACACAGGUACAUCGCCUGGGCCCCUGGCUUCUCCGUAACCACACGUGGCCUGGGGAGUAUGUGUGGGAGGGUGGGGGAGUCUUCUGAUGCCAGAAGUGUGAGCAGCCUGAAGGCUGGUGUGGGCUACUCGGGAGGUGGGAGGUGGAGCGCACAUCCCUCUGGGCAGCCGCCUGAGACGUGACUCUAAGGAAAGUUCUGGCAGCUUCCCCCAGGAGAGGGUGUGGGGUGACACGCAGCUCUGAGAUGAGGCAGAUGGCACCCAGGCUGUGGAGAUGUGUCCCGGGUGGAGAGCCGGAGGGAGCAGGGUCGGGGUCACCAGCCAGCGUGCAGACUGUGGGGCUGGGUGCUGUCCCUGGACCCUUGGGUUCAGGUGGCUGGGUUGAGACCAGGGUGUCAGGGAAGGUGGGAAUUCAGGGUGACGGUCCAGGUGUGGAGGUCUGUGGGGCAGCCUCUUUGGCUGCAGUGAGAAAUGGAGUGAGCUGAAGGUGGCUUCUGGGAAGAAAUUCUGCCACUGCGGGUUUCCUAUGAAGACAUUCCUCUCUAUUCCCAGGGAAGAGUUUCUGUGAGUCCCACUGAGAAAAUCCCAUGGGUUGGGGGUGUCCCUUUGUUCUGGUCCCAUUUCAUUCUCUCUGUAGACACCAAUGUCCAAGGGCCGCCCAGGACAGGACAGGGCCAGCCCCAAGCUGAGAGUCUGGUCAUAGCAGUCAUGUCCAGAGGCCUGGGAGGUCUUAGGGCCUCCCCACCACAGCCAGAGGCCAACUUGGUCUCUUCAGCUCAAGGAAAGACCGUAGCCAAGCAGCAAAGCCCCUGUCCCACCAUGGCCCAUGGGAGCAGUUACGUGGGGUCUGGAGUUCCUGACCUAGGGCCAGGUGUUCUGGCCCCGCCCAGCACUUUCACCAGACCCUGCCUCCUGGAGUGGGGGAGAUGGUUCCGAGGCCCCUGGCCUCCCAGGCUGUCCCACGUGAUGGUCACAUGAGGUUCAGAGACCCCGAUCCCAGGCCUGGGGGAGAGACAGCCGGCCCAGGAGCGGGGAGCAUGGGCCUUCUGUGCCACAGGGGAGGGCUCUGGCGUGAAGUUUUCCUUUGGGAAGGUUGUUUGGGCCCCUUAAGUUCCACCUCGGAGAGCGGGGUGCAGGGCAGGCGGGCCAGGGCCCACAGGGACUGCAGUCUCUGUGGCUGCCUGCUGGGGCCAGCCUGGUUGGGAGCUGGGACUAUAGGCUCGCCUUUUCAAAGCUGGGCUCAGGUGCUGUGUGGUGCGUGUGCCCUCACCCCCUACCUGGAAGGCUCUCCCAGGGGCUGAUGGUGGGUUUCUGAGUGAGAAUCAUGGUUCAGGAAGCCACGCCUGGGAAGGCAGGACCGAGAGCUUUAUUUGGAAAUCUCCCAGGUGAGGUUCACAUUCCAGAAUAAAAUUCAGAAGCCAGGUGUCCUUUGGAGGCAGUGGGCCGAGAUGCUUCUUGCAGAAGCACCUGCUCUGGACGCAGGGCCGCCUGGAGGCAGGGAGGAGAGGCAGGGGCAGAACACGCUGGUCUGAGAGGAGUCGGAGCCCCAUGGGCCCCAGGCAGGCCAGAGGAGGCACAGGCCCCACCACGGCCAACUCAGGUCAGCCAGCCUGAGGCUGCGGCCUCCAAUGGGUCUGGGUGCCACCCAGGUCGCAGGUGUCUGAGGCCAGCCAACCUGCAGAGCACCUGCGGCAUGGGUGGAGCUGAGGGGAGGAGCCUGGGAGCCGCCUGAAUUAAGAAGCCUCCACUGCCAUGGAGGCUGCCGGGCGUGCCCUCUGGCCAGGUGCCAUUUUGGCCUUGACUAGGAGCCUUGACUCCCUCCCUCCAGGCCUGCUCUAGUGAGGGAUGCCAGGGCCCGGGAACCCAGAGUUGCUGGUGAAAGGAAAGCCAGCUUCUGGAAGUGCGCUCUGCCAGAAACCCCCAUGUUUGCAUUAGCGGAGUUCUCUGAACGCCCAGGACUCAGUUUCCACAACUGUGAGGUGGAGGUGCUCAUGGGGUGCAGGGCAGAGGAGACGGUGGGAAAGGUGAGGCAGGUCUGGAGAGCCGUCUCCCUCGGAGGGGUUCAUUGAGUGCUUUAUACUGCGGAGUCUGAGGGCUUGGUUUGGUUUCAAGGCAGCCAUCCUCCAUGGGAAAGGGGGAGCCCCUUCUGCUGCGGUCCCAGAUAGAAGGGGAUGCCGGGCCCCAGGCAGAUCAGCACUGGGGCCCUGGUGAGACCCGACCAGUGCCCGGGCGUGGCAAGUCCAAGGCCUCCCACUGGGAGUCAUCACCGGAAGAUGCCAGUGUUUCAUUCACCAGCCGCGAGGGCACAGACCCUCCCCACCCAGGACAGCUGUGGUGAGGUGGCCCCUGUCGCCCCUGGUCCCUGGUGGGGCUGAUGUUACAGGUGUUUGCCGUGCUGCUGCACUGGUCCUGUGCCAGCCUCGCCCAUGCAGCGACCACGGAAGGCUCACUCCCUUACCCCUGGGGCCGGGCCGCUGGGUCCUCCAGAUGGACAGCAGCUGUGGCAACCUGUGUUUCUCCCUGGACCUGUGCUUCCGUAGCUAGUCCGUCCCCUGGUUCCCCUGUGGCUCAGAGGCCGCGUCCCUGGCUUGUACAUAUGUGAUUGCUGUGGGCACACCCAGACCCCGUGUCGUAGCUGCCGUCCCCACGUCACGACUCCCGCCCCCAUGUCUUACGCCUGAGUGUCAGCCUUCGGCUCCUGUACCGUGUGUGCACUUGAUACUGUGUCCAAUUAAAAAUAAAUGGGAUGCGUCCGUGG